CACUCCGCCGCCCAUUGGUCGCUUCACCCGUCAAACGAGCGGAUUUCCUCCACAGAGAGACCGAACCGCGCGGAGCAGCUGCUGCGGAGAACCGGGGAGCUCAGUGUCACCGUGUGGAUGCCGGACCGAGGUGAUGUCACGGCGAGGUCGGUGAAGCCGGUCGCCACGGGCUCGUGAAGACACCCGCGCAAGUAAGACACGGUCACGUCAUGUGACGUCAUGUCGUGGUGACGGGAUUAUGGAGGGAGCGUCGCCGGCCCGGUGCAGGUUGUCAGGCUCAACGCAGCAUGGUUGCACCCUGACACUAUCAUCUGUUCCACCUCUCUCCUAAACCCCCCCAUCCAGCUCCUCUUCCCUCCUCCUCAACCUGUUGCCUAUUUAUACCCUGGAGACUCAAAGGAGCCCAUUAAAAGCGCCGCAGACCUCUUCAAGCAGGAGAGACCAGUGAGCAUGAAUCCACGGCCGGUCUGAUCUCCAGCUUCAGCGCCUUCUCUUGGACAAAAGGGAAGAAAAAAAAACACACAAAAUGGAUUUGAUUACUUGACUUUUGGGAAAUAAAACAAGGCCGUAUGUCUAUCAUGCAUCAGAUGACAAACUGAUAUAUGUGAAGCAGACUAUUUGUAACUGGCACUUGGGUCACUGGACUGGAGGCUGUGUUCCGUUUCUAUGGGGGGAAAAACGCAUUCAUAGCGUUUGUUUGAUGACGACGUUAUGCCAUGAGAUUUGGGCGAGGACGGUGAAAUAAUUAACCUUCUAAAUGGCUCACUUCUGAAGUCCUUUAACCCCCCCCCCCCCCCCCCCUCAGCCAUGAGCUAAGCCCCCGCUCGGCCCCCUGGGAGUCCCUUGCAGGAUGACUGCUGUCUGCCCGUCCGAGAGCAGCCCGGAGGGUGCUGAAGCCGGGGCCAGGACAGCAGGCACUCGGGGCCCAGGGGCAGCAGGCGCCGCUGGGAGCAUCUCCGUUUCCGGGGCCGAAACCGGGGAGUCAAACGGGGACUCCGUCGGAGGUUCGGUUGGAGGCUCGGCCGUGGUAAGCGGCGGCCAGAGGCACUCGCGCUGGAGCCGCCAGGACAGCUCCGACAUCAACACCGAUGAUGAGGGAGCGCCCGCCCGCCGCCUCACGCCCCUGGAAAGGCUGAACCUGGACAUGUGCCAGGAUGAAAGGGUGGUCCGAGAGCUAACAGUGGGCAGAAGGAUCGGCUUCUACAAAAUUCGGGGAGAGAUUGGCUGUGGAAAUUUCUCUCAUGUCAAGCUAGGAAUUCAUGCGCUCACCAAAGAUAAAGUGGCCAUAAAGAUCCUAGACAAAACCAAGUUGGAUCAGAAGACUCAGAGGCUGCUGUCCAGAGAGAUCUCCAGUAUGGAGAAAAUGCACCAUCCCAACAUCAUACGCCUCUACGAGGUGGUGGAGACGUUGUCACGGUUACACCUGGUGAUGGAGUACGCAGCGGGAGGGGAGCUCUACACCAAGAUCACCACGGAGGGGAAGCUUUCUGACUCCAAUUGCAAGAUUGUCUUUGCUCAGAUUCUCUCUGCUGUGAAACACAUGCAGUUUCUCCUUGCACUCACACAGCACGAAAACAACAUCAUCCACCGCGACCUGAAGGCCGAAAAUGUCUUCUACACUAGCAGCUCCUGUGUCAAGGUCGGGGACUUUGGCUUUAGCACGCUGAGCCGCCGCAACGAGACCCUCAACACGUUCUGCGGCUCUCCGCCGUACGCCGCGCCGGAGCUCUUUCGGGACGAGCACUACGUCGGCGUCUUCGUGGACAUCUGGGCCCUGGGGGUGAUGCUGUUCUUCAUGGUGACGUGCACCAUGCCGUUCAGGGCCGACACCGUGGCCAAACUGAAGCGCUGCAUCCUGGAGGGAGCCUACAUCCUGCCCCCCUGGGUGCCCGAGGCAUGCCAGAGGCUGAUCAGGGGAAUCCUCCAUCCCAUACCAUCUGAGCGCUGCACCGUGGAGCAGAUGAUGGGCUGCGAGUGGCUGCUCCCUGUGGACUUCCCGCGCGCCAUGGAGCCCUUCAAGCUGGACCCCUCCUACCUAGCGGAGAGCAAUCCAUCUAACCUCGGAGGGGAGGAGGUGGAGGUGAAAGCGGCACUGGAGGCGAUGGGAAUCAGCGCAGAACACAUCUUGAACAACCAGGGGAAGGACUGCAGAAGCUCCAUCACAGGAUGCUACAGGAUCCUGCUGCACCGGGCUCACAAGAAACGGGCUGCUGAGCGGACGCCCGCGGUCACGCAGGUAGUCAGACCAACUGCAACGAGUAAAAAGGAACGGCUAAAAGUGUACCGCAGCUUGAGGCACACGUCUAAACUCUGCGUGAUUCUGUGACAAAGUGCUUCGCCUCGCUCUCUGGGAAUUAAUUGGCUUUUUUAGUCUGGGGGGGGAGAUUGCAUGGACUUUGUUAGUAAAUACAAAAAACUGCUAUUCAGUCCGGCAGUUUGAAUUUAAAUCCUGGUUAAAAAGCCCAGUGAGCUUCUGAAAUCUGGGAUUUCUUUACUUUAGUAUCUUUCUUCUAGUAAGUAAUAUUAGUCUCUGUGAGAAUGUCGACGCAGUUAAUUCUGUCGUUUCCUGUUUGGACGGGGACCUGUAAUACUGAUGAGAUUUGGAAAUGUAAAAAAGUAUAACGGAUUUGAGUUAAAAUAAUGAUUAGAUGGCAUUUACUACUUUUUACUCUGGGCAAUGUAUGCCAGAUAUUCCUAGCCAACGUUCAUGCUAUGCUCAGCAAAACCAAUGAGCCUGGUGAGAUAUUAAUGUAGCAUACAUCUAAAGGAAAAGAGACAGAUAUCCACUAAAUUAUGCUAUUGAUAAAAGUGGUAAAACAUGCAUUCAAAACAUGGUACAUGGUGUCUUUGAGUUCAUUUGCACAUUUCUUGAAUGCCUUAGUUUUAUUUGAUGUUCUAAAAUCAGCCAGAUUUAGGUUAAAUUAUACUUGUUAAUGUUUUUGAUAACUUGAGUUUUCACAUGUUACAUUACUUGAUGUAUCUCUAUAAGACGUUCCUGCUGUUAACGCUGAUUUUAUCGGAAUGACCUCGCUAUAUUUUUCCUGUGGCCUGAGAAAGAACACACAUGUCAUCAGACUACAAAUACCAAUAUACCAAUCACCAAAGUUUUAUUACUUGAUCAUGUGGCAAAAUACAUUUUAAGUACAAACUCAGACAUUCUACGUAUGAGUUUCAGUCAUUGUAUAUUUUUCUGAUGCCAUGUUUAUGCUCAUGUGUUAAAUGGAAUAAAUUGUAAAAUGUAAAUGCAUUUGUCUUUUUGUGAAA